AUGAAAGAUCGCGAAGCGGAGCAGCUCCGGAAGGUGCCGGUGACGAUUUUGACGGGUUUCCUGGGCUCCGGCAAGACCACGCUGUUGAACUUUGUCUUAAAGGCACGACAUGGCUAUAAGUAUGCGAUCAUCGAGAAUGAAGUUGGUCAGAUCGGAAUCGAUAACCAGCUGCUGAAGACUGCGAAUGCUACGGCAGCCCACACGACGGAGCAGGUGGUGCUCCUCGACAACGGAUGCCUUUGCUGUACUGUUCGGAGUGACCUUGUCGAAGCCGUGAAGCAGAUCCUGCUCAAAGCCGAUGCCGAAGCCGCCAAUGUUUUGGAUGGCAUCCUGAUCGAGACAACCGGUCUGGCAGACCCUGGCCCAGUCUGUAAGACGUUCUAUGUGGAGCCGGAUCUUCGAGAGCGCACUCGCGUUGACUGCGUUUUGACUGUGGUGGAUGCUUGCCACUUCUUGCAGCAGCUGAGCAGGUCUCGUUCGGAGGGUGCUGUCAAUGAGUCCAUGCAGCAAGUUGCUUUUGCAGACAAGAUUCUUUUGAACAAAGUGGAUGCAGCGAGUGCGGCCUCCCUUCAAGAAGUGGAGACAACCAUCCGCAGCAUCAAUGCGUUGUGCCCCAUCCUACGCUGCAGCCUGGCCAAGAAUCCUAGCGAGCUCCCUUUGGAUGAGCUGUUCACAGCGCAGGGCUUCAGCCUGGACCGCAUCCUAGAAAGGAUGUUGGAGAAGCCCGGCGAGGGCUCCUGGCAACUGAGUACUCCAAUGGAAUCCUCCGACGGCCGCCGCAGCAAGCGGGCCAAGACGGGAGGGUUCCUGCGUGCCUCCCGACACGAUGCCGGUGUGGGAUCCUGCAGCAUAGCUCUCACUGGUGCACCCCUUGUGAUCCAGCGCUUCGUUGAGGUCAUGAGUGCUCUGAAGAACGAGCAUGCUCUGGACUUGUACCGCUACAAGGGAGUGGUGUGUGUCAAGGAAGCCUCGGGAGAGCUUAAGCAGGCCGUCCUACAAGGUGUCCACGACAUGUGCGAGUUUGAGCCCCGAGGGGACUGGCCUGACGGUAAAGAGCCUCUCUCUCAGCUGGUCUUUAUUGGCCGAAACCUGGAGAGAGACAAGUGGAUGAGGCUUUUCACCUUUUGUCAAUCAGGCGUCUUGGAUGAUCCAGAAGACCGGAGGGGUGGCACGCAGGCGUAA